AAAGUUUGCCUUCAGAAAGCAAUCAAAAGCUAAAAAGUUAACUGAAAGAUCUCUCUGACCGUUUGGUUUUUAAAAUGAGUAUUACGUUUACAAUUUUCUUUUUCAUUGUUGUUCUACAAUUUGUUUAUCAAAUUUAUAAAUUAUUUAAUUUGAAUUUGGAUUUCGACGUUCCGGACGACUGGUGAGGACCACGCAUUCCGCCGCAGCCGCCACCUACGCCUGAUAACGAUAACGCUAUUCGGUCAAUCAGAAAAUCGGCGGUGAAAAGGCGACUCCUAAAGCGUAGGAAGAGCCGCGGCAAAACCAAGAACACAAUCUUCCACGAGGAAAGGCCAAACAAAACGAACAAGAACAACGAAACCAAAAACAAUGCAGUGAAAUCGAACGAGCGAAACAAAAAAACAACAGCAACAACGAAAACAAAAAAACAAACAAGCAAACAGCGGAAGCGCUAUCAAGGAGAGAGCGGAGAGAGAAGGCGAGGACAUGGAUAACUACGACCUGGACGUGGACUUGAACUUUGUGCAGCUGAGCCGCCAGCAGCUGCUGCAGCGCUAUGCAGGCGCAGUGCGUCAGCUACGCCGCCUGGCGGAAACGCGCUGCGAGGUGCGCUCGGUGAGCUUCGACAACUAUGUGCUGUUCCAAUAUUUUCGCCACCGCAACUGGCAGGGGGGCAUCACACCCGUAAUGCCACCGGCACCACUAAUGGCCUAUCUGAAGCUGGAGGUGCUGCAUCAUCUGCUUGACCGGCGGCGUCAAAUCCUCUGCUGGCUAUUCUAUCUAACGCUGGUGUCGCUGUGCGUGGCCGCCUAUCGGUAUGAGACGACCAGUCCUGGUGGCCAUCAGGAGCGCGUCGUCCAAUCCAUGGUGUAUCCGGGCAUGCGCAUGUGGCGCCGCAUGACCAUGCCCCUAAUCCAGCGCUUCCCCCAGCUCACGGAGCUAUACGACGAGUCCUGCCUGAUGGGCAACCCCUUCUUCCAGGUGGAAGACCUCAGCUGCGGCCCCUGUGCCAGUGUCGAAAACGUGUGGCUGGAAGGAGAGGAGCUCCAGCUUCCCAGCGGUGUUGAGAGUGCCGUUCCAUAUGCCUUCCGCAGCCAGCAGGAGGCUAUCGAUCUUGGGGACUUUUACAACAUCUAUGCGAGCAAUCACAAGAUCUUCCAGCGCGAUGCCUACCGGGUGCAUUCCACCAACCAGGGUGUGCACAAUCUAGAGGAUCUGUUUGGACAGUUCAAUAGCAGUGCACCGCCCACAUGGACGCAGCAGGCGCAUAAUCUAUGGCGCUGUAAUCGCAUGCUGCCCGCCCGCCUUCUUCGGCCGAUUUUCGCCCGGCCAACGCGUUUGCCCAGCAUGGGCGUGGCCCUGGAACGGUAUAUUGCCAUUGAUACUGCCCAGGCGCCGGCCUACACCCUGCCGGAGACGGAAUGUCCAAAUGUCUAUGUCCAUCAGGCGGUGGGCACCAGAUUCAUUAUCCUACGGCCCACCAGCGAGUGCCGGCACCGCUGUCGCACCUUGUCCCUGCGGCUCACUCAGUCCUAUGUGCUCAGUUACAAUUGGUUGUACUGGAAACCGAUCUCUGCGCCGGAUCCCAUCUCCGAAACGCUCUCCAUCAGCCUGAUUGGCUCCUACUGCUAAAGAGAGAGUGAGAUCUCUCCUCCCAGCCACACCAUACUCUUCCCGUAGCUCGUAGCUUUAAGCGCCAUAUAAUUCACACAAACAUGACUUUAACCAAGCCAAAAUUAAUUUACGAAUUUCUGCCGCUCCAAGCAAAACUGAACCCAAAGAUGGAAUGGAAAGGAAGGCAAGGUUUAGGUUAGCUGGAAGCUACCUUCGCUUUAUAUUCGAGAACCUUAAGGCUCAAUUCGUCGCCCUGUGUAAUCCUCAGUCCUAGUUCGUAAGCAUUUUAGGCAUUAGUUUAACAGUUAACAAAUGAGACGCCUUGAUCAUUACCUUGUUCCCACACCUCAGACUCCUUUUUGUGUUCAUCGUUUUAAACAUUUUUGCAUUUAUACUUGUAUAACUUAUUUUUGAGUUUAAAGUUAUGCUCAUGUCAACAAAAACAACCAGGAAACUAUGUAGAUUAAGUCAACGGAAGUGAUUUUGUAAAUAUCCAUUGCCAGACUUGAAGUUGACUUUGUGUUUUUGCAACAACUCACGAAAUAAAAUCAAUUAAACUAGUGUAACUGA